AUGAGCAGGAAGGGGCAAGAUCGUAUGCCGUUCCGGCCUGAUGUGCCACCACCUCAUCCUCAUCACAUGAACCCGUAUCCUUACAAACAGCCCGAUCCACCAGAUCCCAGAUAUCCACUAUAUCCCGACCGGUUUGACCAUCCGCCGCCUGGCUAUCAACCGCAGUCAUUCCAGCCUCCACCGCAUUAUCCACUACCUCAAUAUCAACCACCGCAACAUCAACAUGGCAUCUACAAUGAGCGACACUAUCCCGCCAUACAACCUAUGAACCAGCAACUUCCAAUAGCGGCGUGUGCCCCUCCUAUGGCAUCUGCAGUGGGACACCAUACAGAAAAAAGUGAUAACCUCCUAGCAAUAUCCCGCUUAGCUAUCUUUAUCAUUAACCCCAAACAGAACUACCAACUUCUAGAGGAAGAUUUGAGGGAACUUUUCAGUUAUUAUUGUGCCAAUGUACAAAAUAUUACUAUAUGGCACGAUCGAGCUGCAGCGGAGGUUGUUUUGUCAUCUCUAUCAGCUUGUACAUCAGCUUGUCGUGACUUGGAUGGUUUAUUUCUUCAAGGUGUUGGCACACUCAAGUGUGUAGUACUUAAUCCGGGACAAAAUAUUGAAACGACACUCCCGCCCCCAGAUAAUGUUCAUAUGAGACAAAUACCAGAGCUAAAGAAGAUUUGCAGGCUAGAAUUGAUAGAUAUUUUCACUUAUGAGCCAGAUUUUAAUGUUGCCAAUAAUAUACUGGGGCAGAAUAAUUGCAACGUAGAAUAUAUAAUGUCGCAAACUAGCAACAAAGUCGAAUUUAGUCUAAGAGGUAAACCCAGAGACAAUGCACCAGUAGCUGACAGACUCCAUGUCGCCCUUAGUAGCAACGAUUCGAUAUCGUACCAGAAGGCGGUUGAUUUAACUGAAGGGUUGUUGAUUACCAUUGUGGAGAAAUUUUAUGCAUUUUGCUCAUCUAUCGCAAAACCAGCCUCCCCUGCUGCUGGAUUUCGGAGGCAUGAAUAUCAAGAACGGCCUGACGGGUCACUAGAAUAUUUAGGCGCUAGAGAAAUGGAUAGGCCGCAACAAAUGUGGAGAAAUUGA